AUGGGUGGAUUUUCAAACGAAUUGAAGAAGCUUUCAGAGAGAUUUCGAGAGAUUACCUUAGUAGUCAACGAAACGGUCAGAGAAGAAAGACUUGCGGAAAUUCAAAUCCAGCAUAACUCAACGAACAAGCAAAAGACCCAAAACUACUUUGAAUUCUUCUUCUUCUUCCGAUCCGCUGGAGGAGAAAUGGAGAAGCUUAGACUUAAAACCUCAAUCGUUGGGUCGUCAGGUUUGCUAUUUGAAGAGGCAGGAAUAGCUCGGUACACGAGAUUUGUGAUCUCAGUGAGCUGUUAG